AUGACAUGCAGACGAUGGAGUUAUUUGCAUAGAAAUUUUCGAUGCCUUGUUUGCUCAACUUGUACCUCGUGCCUUAUUGUUUCCGGUUCACUUAUUUUAUUCCUAAUUGGUCAAAUUUUCGAUUCCCAUUUUUUAAUAGAAUAUCCGUGUUUUACGUAUUUCUUCGGGAUUUACGCGGACGCUUUCUCGACUUUUUUAAUCACAAUCGAGCGUGGAGUGGCUACAGUACAAGCGAAAGAUUAUGAGGCAAAGAAGAGGAAUCUUUACCUCAAUUUUUUCUUAUUUCUCCUGCCGUUCUCCUGCAGCGGGCUCUUCAUCUGGAUCUACUACUCGGAAAUCAUUCCGUUUGCUGACGUGAUUAGCAGUGUCCUUUUUGCGAUGAUCGCUCUUGGUUGUCUUAUGGAAAGCCUCGUCCUCUACUUUCACAACAAGAAAGCGUUGAGCACAAGGAAUGAGAAACAUUUGACGUUGUCUGCUAAAUUUCAAUACUCUGAAAACUUUUCCUUAUCGAAAACUUUCCUCUUCGUCGCUGCAAACGAUUUACUAACCUGGGUGAUUCUAUCAAUUCUCUAUUAUUUCGCUUCACUUUUACAAAAUGGAACGACAUUAUUAGCUUCGUAUGACAAUUGGAUCAUGGAUCUUUGUGAUUCGGUUUACCUCGAGAAAUGUUUCGUUUUCUAUAUGGCUCUCUAUUUCUCACAUCGUAAAUAUGUGCGUCGAUCGAAUCGCGUUCGCCCGGAGCCCUUAAAAAUCACCUCGCAUCUUCACUUUGGCUCGCUGAAAGACUCGUGGGAGAAUCGAAUUGAUCGACGUUUUUCGUAUCGA